GAGGGGAGGGAACUUGUGGGUCUGCUGAGCGCUGGCAACUCCCUGGGUGAGGAUGGACUGGUGGUGGUGCUGGUGGUGGUAGUAGCGGUUGGAAGGCGAGCGUGCGAGCAGGCGCGGUGUUGUGUGUUCCUCAGUGCAGGGCAAGGCUGCGGGUGCUCUCCCCCAGGGCAGUGUUUGAUGGCGCCCCUGGGAUUAUGAGUGAGGCAGUGACAUCCCCCCUGCCCCCCGCCCGCUCCCUCUCCCCCAAGACCCUUGAGGCCAGGUCGUUCGAAGCAGUUGACCAAAAUAAUAAUGUCAGAAGUAAGAGUAAGCUGUGAAGGAAGAACAUCUGUCAUAAAGUGUUACUGGAGGCACGAAAAUGUCAAAGAAGUGCAAAGACAAUUCAGAAGACACUUUGACAGGGAUCCACCAAGAAACAGUUGGGUAAAAUAAUAAUGACAGAAGUAAGAGUAAGCUGUGAAGGAAGAACAUCUGUCAUAAAGUGUUACUGGAGGCACGAAAAUGUCAAAGAAGUGCAAAGACAAUUCAGAAGACACUUUGACAGGGAUCCACCAAGGUUCUUCGCCACUCGCAAGAUGUCGCUCCGUUGAUCUUGACUCUCCAGCGUCACGUGAAUAGGGCGACUCCUCCGUGCGUCAGGCUGUCCAAGUCGUAUUGUUGCCCAUACAUCGGUGCGUAUCGGUCCGGCGUAACCCGCGGCUUCCAGCACUGUCUUGAUUUUGUCUCCAUCUGUCGUUCCCAGGCCGUCGUCAUCCUCCGAGACCCCAGUUAUAACCAAGUGCCGCACCCUUUCUUUGGCGCCAAGGGAUUCUAGGAACCGGUUUUGCUGGUGGAUAAUCAUGUAGGCUUCAUCGAGUGUUGUAUUCAGUGAUUCUAUUUCUUCCUUCAUCUCCUUCACAGCUGCCAAAUCUUCUGGAAUAUUUCUUAUUUCUUCGAGUAAUUGAGAGCUCGGUGGCUGCUCUUCAUGAGGCUGAUGUGCAACAGUUGUUCUCAGUGCACAUUUUAGCUGCGCCGCUGUCAGUUUAUUGAUCUCCGUAGCAGACAAUGCCUUCACUGUGUUUACAUUGUCAUAACUAGCCAUCUUGGACAAACAAACAAGUAUCCUGUUAAGUCUUUGCACCCCGUUUUCUUCAGUGGUUUGGCGUCGCCGUUACCAUGGCAACGGUUUUCACAGCGGUGCAGAAGGGGUUGGGCCGGUGUUGAUUGGCCACAUUAUAUUCUAGCUUCUAACUACCGGCUAGCUUUCUUCAGUGGGCUACAAGUAACUGACUCUUGGCUGCACUCUACCCUCGUGCAGCUCCUUAGGCAAUAUAUUGCCUGAUCUAAGCCUGUAUGGCAGCAGAUUCUUGGCAAAACUUGGAGCUCUACCCAGGUCUGUUUGUUGAUGUUUGCAGCGCCAUCUACACAGUGCCUUAAGACUUUGAAACUAUUUCGGAACCACACGAUGCAGGACUACCAGCUCUGCCAUCACCUCAGGACAGGACGCAGGAAGGGGGGGAAGGGCGUAGUGGCCGUUUUCUCCCAAUCUACCCUCAGCCCCUCACACCUGCCUGUCAACAUUCCUGCCGGAGUAGAGGCCCUGUGGGUGAGAGUUACGCCCCCCUGCCAUCUCAGCAACACGGCCUCCAUCAUCGUGUGCGUCGUGUACCACCCCCCACGAGCCACCACAGCACAGUUACUCACCACUCACAUCAGUGACACUGCUGAGGCCCUAAGUGUGAGGUAUCCUGUUGCCAAGCUGGUCAUCUGUGGGGACUUUAACGGAUUGUAUAUCAGCGAUAUCCUACACCAGCUACACCUCACCCAGGUCGUGGACUUCCCUACCACCCAGCAAGCCACCCUCGACCUUAUACUGACAGACCUAUGCCAGCAGUACUCGCCCUUCAAGCCGCUGCCUCCCAUGGGACGGAGCACCCACCUCUCCAUACUGUGGACACCCACACCCACCACCUCGACCACCCGGCCAACUGUCACCAGGACCCACCGCCCCAUGCCUAAGUCAGCCUUGAGGGAGUUUGGGCAGUGGGUGACACAACACCCGUGGACCGAGGUGCUGGAUGUGGAGGACGUCCACUCAAAAUGGCACAAUUACGUCGCCACCACCACAGAAGCCUUCCACCGCUACUUCCCAGCCAAGAGCGUCACAGUGCACACAUCUGAUGCCCCCUGCAUGACGCCCCGCAUUAAAAGACUCAUGCAUCAGCGGACGUGGUCGUUCCACUCCUGCCAGGUCCUAUACAGGAAGCUAAGAAACAGAGUGAUCAGGGCGAUUAAGGCUGCCAAGGCAAGCUAUUACCCGGACAAGAUACACCACUUCAAGCAGGCCAACAACAGACAGUGGUUCGCUAGCAGCAAAGCUUUGUGUGGCCUACAAAAGCACACUUCAUCUCUUCCUUGCACCUCACACCUUCCUGCUAAUCUCGCGGCUCAGGAGAUGAACGACCACUUUGCCGCUAUCUGUCACACCUGCCCUCCCCUCCAGACCACUCCGCUUCAUGCCCAUCUUCCCGCCCCCUCCUCUCCCCCCACUGUCCUGGCGAUAGAUGUUUUUAAGAGGAUACUUAAAGAUACCAAGAUACCAAGAUACCAAGGAUACUUAAAGAUACCAAGAUCCACCACACCCAUUGACCUUCCCAUAUGGGAAGAGCCAGCAACACCGCUAUGCCCCAUAAUAAACGCCUCUCUUUCCCAACACUCUUGCCCCGCGGACUGGAAGACGUCUUACGUCUCUCCCAUCCGCAAAGCUUCCAGUCCACAGUCCCUCGGUGACCUCAGGCCAGUCUCUAUCACCCCCAUCCCUAGCUUUAUUUGUGAAGAUUUUGUGUAUGACUGGGCCUACACCAAAACUUGUUAUACCGUGGAUAUCAGACAGUUUGGAAAUAUUAAAGCCACCCCCACCUCCCAUUACCUGACCAGCUUCCUUGACUUCAUCCACAGCCACCUGGACAAGCGAAACACCUCUCUACCUGUUGCUUUUGUGGACUUCAAAAAAGCCUUUGAUCUUGUUGAUCACUUUGUUGUCUUCAGCAAGGCAAUAAGUCUGGGUCUCCCUUCCAGCCUGGUAGCGUGGCUAGCCAACACCCUCUCAGGGAAGCGUCAGGCCGUUCGCUAUCAAGGCUCUGUCUCUAAUAUCCAACAGCUGACAUGUGGGGUCCCCCAGGGAACCAGGGUGAGCCCACUAUGCUUCCUCCUCCUCACUAACGACGCCCUCACUGACACCCCCAUGGCUGGAAGUGAGUGUACGACUGCACCGUGGACGUCCCAGUCUCCACCAGGAACCCGGACUACUUGCCACUCCAAGUCAUUUUGGUGCGACUGCAGACAUGGACGGAGGAGAGCAGGAUGACCAUCAACCACAGCGAAACUGUGGUGAUGCAUUUCUGUACCUCCUCUGUACCAGUGCCCUCUCCCCAGCUCACAGUAAGAUCCGCUACCUACAAGCUAUACAUGAUGCGCAGACUCAGGUCGCUGGGGACACUGACAGACGAGUUAAGGGGAGUGUGCCUCACCUUCAUCCUCCCCAAACUUAUGUACGCCUCCCAAGCGUGGUCCUCCUCCCUCACACACACUCAACAGCUCCAGCUGGAGAGAGUGCAGAAGAGGGCGUGCAGGGUCAUCUUUGUCCCUGCCUACAUCACCUGUGAUGAAGCCCUGACCACCCUGAGUCUGUUCAGACGUCCAGACUAUCCACCAGGCACCGAGAGGCUCUGGAGAAGUUUGGAAGGGGACUUCUGCAUCAUCCACGCCUCAGACACAUGCUGCUGCCUGACGCACCUCGCCACGGAGCGGUACAGACUCAGCGCGAUUCCCACCAUGCCAUCAAUCAACAGUAUUCCUCUUCUAUAUUAAGCUUAGCUUCAGGAUUAAUGUUAAGUAUUUUCCCACCCCCUCUGUACAUUUUCAGUUUGUAAACUGCCUUAUUAAUAAAUCAUUUAUUAUUAUUAUUAUCAUUAUUAUUAUUAUUAUUAUUAUUAUUUUUAUUAUUAU